ACAUCACCUGUGUGCGCAGAAAAAAAAAAAUAAACAACGCAAUUGGAAUGAGUAAUGACAGUGAAUUGCACAAUUGCAUAAUUUUCGAAACCGGUAUUAUUAAAUCUUUGCGAAAAUAAUAAAAAAUAAUUAACAAUAUGGCUAGUGGUUCAACUCAAGAUUUUGGCUUUGAGUUGAUGAUGAAAAUUGUUGAUCAUCAAUUAACAAAAAAAGAAGAUACAAUUAUUUUGUUUUCGCACUGGUAUCUUAUUAAAGUUGGAUAUCGUUGUAUUGGACCUGGUGACAAGAAAACUCUUGAAGAUGACGAAGUUGGCUCAGAAUUAUUACCAGAUGAUUGGAGCAAAGAUGAUCACUAUUCUUUGAGAUAUGUCAAAGACAACAAGCUCUAUAUUCUCAUUGGUCUAAAAUCAGAUCAUAAUUUAAUAUUGAAUUUCAUGAGAGUUGCUGAUAAUGUAGUGACAAAUGUCAAAUAUCCAGUUGAUGAAACAGUCAGCUGUGUAAAAGGUCCACUGUCAACUCUGAUGCCAGAGCUCAAAGCUGUUACUGAAACAUUACAAAAAGAAUUGUUGGAUCCAUUUGAUAAUAAAACUCAGGAUUCUGCUAGAGAAACAUCAACACAAACAGUACCUACACCUGAACAACCAAGAUAUCAAGCUGAUCCUCCUUCUCGUCGUUUAACAGAAAGAAAUCCAUGGCAUCCACCUGGUGAUCUCAGAGGAGUUGGACGUCGUGAUCUUGAUCCAUUUGGUAGACCUCUUGGUGAACCACCUGGUAGUGGAAUGAUAUAUGAUCCAUUUGAACCAUCCAGACAUGGCUUUGAUCCAAUAAGACCUGGUGGUAUUGGUGGACCACAACUUCCACGUGGUGCUGUACCACCUGGUGCUAGAUUCGAUCCAUUUGGACCACCAGAUGAUGAUAUGAGAUCUGUCAGAAAUCCUAAUCCUGAUCACUUUGCUCCUCCAGGCUAUGAUGAUAUGUUUAUGUAAAAUUAAAAUAUUAAAAAAAUAUUUAUAUUAAGUGCUUCAUUCAAUCUCAAUAAAUAAUUUAUAAUAUUGUUGGAAAAUUAUUUGGUUCAUUUGAUAAACCAUUUUAUAUUUAUUGAGUAAUUAUAAUUUUCAUGUAAACUUUAUGGUUUUUUUUUUUUUCAAAUUUAUUCUCAGCUUAUUUGGUUGUUACUGAAAAUAAAUUAUUGAGAAGUAAUAAAAUGUUUUUUACUG